UUCGACAUCGCUACCUUCUUCGCCUCUUUCGACCUGUUCGACUUUGCCUGCACAAGGCGUUAGCUUCUUCGCCUCCUUGAACGACGUUCCUUCCUUUCGGACGGAAAGUCACGAUAGUUAGACCAUGCUGGAUCGGAAUUAACGACGGGAACUCGCUCGCUGCAAAGGUUAAAAAUUGAACGUUGUUUUUGGCAUUUCCGCCCGAUUCUUUUGCUCGAGACUCCGCCCGUGCGCCCUAGGUUCUCUUCUCUCCGCUCGACGAUUGAAUCCCGUCGGUCGUCGUGAGCUCGUCAAUCGGCAUCGCUGCUCGUGGUUUUUCUCUGCGCUGAUCAAUCGCUUGCUCACUCGGAUUUGGAGGAGGCGAGAACUUCAUUUUUCUUCGGCAUCUCUGCGCUCAGUCGCUUACGCUCUGCAGGCUCCGAAGCCUUUAGUUCCAGCACUCUAAGUAGCCAUGUCUAAGAAGCAGCAUAUUGCAAUUUUUACUACGGCAAGCCUUCCCUGGAUGACUGGCACUGCUGUCAACCCUUUGUUUCGUGCGGCUUAUCUGGCUAUGGAUGGAAGCAGAGAAGUUACUUUGGUGAUUCCUUGGCUCUCGUUAAAGGAUCAAGAAGUAGUAUAUCCCAACAAAAUCACCUUCAGUUGUCCAUCAAAUCACGAGGCUUAUGUUCGUCAAUGGCUGGAAGAGAGGACUAAUAUUAGAUUGCAAUUCAGCGUAACCUUUUAUCCUGGAAGAUUUUCAAUAGAGAAGAGGAGCAUUCUACCAGUCGGCGAUAUCACAGAAACAAUUCCUAAUGAGACUGCAGAUAUUGCUGUACUAGAGGAACCUGAACAUCUUACGUGGUAUCAUCAUGGACAGAGGUGGAAAACAAAAUUUCGUCGAGUCAUUGGUGUUGUGCACACCAACUAUUUGGAAUAUGUGAAGAGAGAAAGGAAUGGCUAUAUACAGGCCUUUUUCUUGAGAUACAUUAAUAACUGGGUUAUUCUUAUAAACUGCCAUAAGGUUAUAAGAUUAUCAGGGGCAACUCAAGAUUUACCUAGAUCCAUCAUUUGCAAUGUUCAUGGUGUCAACCCCAGGUUUCUUGAGAUUGGCAUGGCAAAGCACAGGCAGCAGCAAAGAGGUGAGCCAGCCUUUAUCAAAGGCGCUUACUAUAUUGGGAAGAUGGUCUGGAGCAAAGGUUACAAGGAGUUACUUCAAUUGCUCUCCAAGUACCAAAAUGAAUUAUCUGAUCUUCAAGUUGAUUUAUUUGGGAGUGGAGAAGAUUCUGAACAAGUUAAAGAAUCAGCAAAAAAGUUAAAUCUCACAAUAAAUAUUCAUCCUGGUCGCGAUCACGCUGACCCAUUAUUUCACAACUACAGAGUGUUCAUAAAUCCCAGCACAACCGAUGUAGUUUGUACAACAACAGCAGAAGCAUUAGCAAUGGGUAAAUUAGUCAUCUGUGCCAAUCAUCCUUCAAACGACUUCUUCAAACAAUUUCCUAACUGCUAUACCUACAAUAGUGGCAAAGAAUUUGUGAAAUUGACUCUCAAAGCUCUCUCCGAAGAGCCUUCACCAGUGUCAGACGAGCUCAGGGGCAAGCUCUCUUGGGAAGCUGCCACGGAAAGAUUCGUGAAGGUUGCUGAGCUUAAUUGGAAUAUUUCUGAGGAGUUUGUUCCUUCGACUUCGAAGCCUUUUAUGUCUCUUUCUUCGCAGGAGUUGACAAAGGGUGUGGAGGAAGCUUCUGCAAUUUUACACAACACUGUUUCUGGAAUAGAGGUGGCGCGCCGGGCCUUCGGUGCAAUUCCCAAGACUUUGCGACCUGAUGAACAGAUGUGUAAGGAGCUCGGGCUAGCUGAACCUUGAAAGAGAACAGUUUCAGUGAUACUUGACAUUGUUGUUUCUCACUCUGUUACUGUGGCAAAAGUAAGCAGAUGCGUGGAUAUUAGGUUGACGUCAAUUUUACAUGAUCCAUCGCUGUAAUUACCAAAACUUCAUAUCACUGUACCGCAAUAAUGUUUAUUAUUUGUUGUAAAUUUUUGUCACAUCAUAUAAUUUCAUAGCUUUAGGUCUGUACUGUUGUAGCAGAUUGCACUGAAGUUUAAUCAUUGUGGCUGAUUUGUAUAAAUUAAAUGUCAUUAUGUUGAAAAAAAA